AUGCCUGAGGCUCCAAAGAACACACCUAAGGCCAAAGAAUAUAGCAUCGUAGAGAAGAACAAGAAGGUUCUUCAGUUCAUUGAAGACGUCACAAUAACCGCCGAUGAAGUCCAGAAGCGAGUUCUAGCUGAAAUCUUAUCUCGUAAUGCCCAUGUCGAGUACCUAGAACGACAUGGUCUCAGUGGGCAUACUGAUAGAGAGACCUUCAAGAAAGUCAUGCCUGUGAUAACAUAUGAAGACAUUCAGCCUGAUAUCAACCGUAUCUCCAAUGGCGAUAAGUCUCCUAUCCUCUCCUCACAGCCCAUUUCAGAGUUCUUGACAAGUUCUGGGACAUCUGGAGGAGAGAGAAAAUUGAUGCCCACCAUUGAAGAAGAGCUGGAUAGGAGAUCAUUGCUUUAUAGCCUUUUGAUGCCUGUAAUGAACCAGUUUGUUCCUGGUUUAGACAAAGGCAAAGGAAUGUAUUUCUUGUUCAUAAAAUCUGAGGCGAAGACACCUAGUGGACUAGUGGCCAGGCCUGUUCUCACAUGUUACUACAAAAGUUCUCAUUUUAAGGAUAGGCCUUAUGACCCCUAUACCAACUACACUAGCCCAAAUGAAACCAUUCUUUGCCCAGAUUCAUACCAAAGCAUGUACUCCCAAAUGCUUUGUGGCCUCUGCUUAAACAAGGAAGUUCUGCGUGUUGGUGCAGUGUUUGCCUCGGGCUUCAUUCGAGCAAUCAAGUUCCUCGAAAAGCACUGGACCCUUCUCUGUAACGAUAUCCGAACUGGGGUCAUUAACCCUCAAAUUACAGACCCAUCGGUGAGAGAGGCCGUGAUGAAAAUCCUCAAACAAGACACGAAGUUAGCUGAUUUCAUCGAGGCCGAGUGUAGUAAGGAGUCAUGGCAAGGGAUUAUAACGAGGUUAUGGCCUAACACCAAGUAUGUGGAUGUUAUUGUGACAGGGACCAUGUCACAAUAUAUACCCACUCUGGAUUUCUAUAGCAAUGGCCUUCCUCUUGUGUGCACAAUGUAUGCCUCCUCAGAGUGCUAUUUUGGUGUCAACCUUAACCCUCUUUGCAAGCCUAGUGAAGUCUCUUAUACCCUCAUCCCCACCAUGGCCUAUUUCGAGUUCUUACCUGUCCACAGGGACAAUGGUGUCACCACUCCUAUCAAUACGCCCAAAUCCCUUGCUGAGAAAGAACAGCAAGAGUUGAUUGAUCUCGUUGAUGUGAAGAUCGGACAAGAAUACGAGCUUGUUAUCACCACUUAUGCAGGACUUUAUCGAUAUAGGGUAGGAGACGUGCUAAGAGUUGCUGGAUUCAAGAACAAAGCUCCCCAAUUCAACUUCAUUUGCAGAAAAAACGUGGUUCUGAGCAUUGAUUCCGACAAGACCGACGAAGUUGAGCUUCAAAAUGCAGUGAAAAAUGCCUUGAAUCAUCUUAUGUCAUUUGAUGCAACACUCACAGAAUACUCAAGCUAUGCAGACACUUCGACAAUUCCAGGCCACUAUGUCCUCUACUGGGAGCUCAAACUCAAUGGAUCAACCCCAAUCCCUCCCUCGGUUUUUGAGGACUGUUGCCUCACCGUCGAAGAGUCCCUCAACAGUGUGUACCGCCAAGGCCGUGUGUCCGAUAAAUCAAUUGGCCCUUUGGAGAUCAAGAUUGUGGAAGCCGGGACGUUUGAUAAGCUCAUGGACUAUGCCAUUAGCUUAGGUGCUUCAAUUAACCAGUACAAGACACCCCGGUGUGUCAAAUUUGCUCCAAUUGUUGAGCUCUUGAACUCAAGGAUUGUGUCUAGCUACUUCAGUCCAAAGUGUCCAAAAUGGAUUCCGGGGCAUAAGCAAUGGAACAACAUGAACUGAUGAUGACUUUUAACACAUCUUCUAGCUCAAAAAGAACUGUUUUUGUGAUCAUCUUAGUUAGAAAUUGAAACCCAUUUAGGUUUUAACCUUUAAAUUCUC